GUUUUCUUCUUUCUUUGUUCUUCGUCUCUCGCCUUCUCCUCGUCCGAAUCAUCUUCCCAUGGCGAGCGAAGAAGACAAAGCCCUUGAAGACCUUCUUGACGUUCAGCUCAAUGAACACAAAGAUUCUCUUUCCGCCAUCGACGAAGCCCUAGCUUCUGACCCAUCUAAUCCCGAACUCCUCUCGGUUCAUGAAGAACUUCUACAAGCAAUCAAGGAGACAGAGGAAGGGCUUUUCCAGUUGAAGCGUGCUCGGUUAUUGCAAGAAGCUGAUAUAGUGCUGAAUGGGUUGAAUCAUGAUGCUGGAGUUGAAGCUGAGCAUCUAAAGGAAUUGGAGCCAGAGAAAAAGGAUUUGGAUGGAUCGCAAUGUAGGUUUCGACAUACUGAUGGUCGUUGGUACAAUGGUCGCAUUAUUGGGUUUGAAGGCUCUGAUACUGCCAAGAUCUCUUUCCUUACACCCACAUCUGAGAGUAUGACGAUGUGCAAGUUUUUCAUGCAACAGAGGUGUCGCUUUGGUAGUUCUUGUCGUUCUUCACAUGGACUAGAUGUGCCGUUAUCUUCUCUGAAGAACUAUGCACGUACUGAGUGGAAAGAAUCGAUGGUAGGCUCCAAGAUUUGGGCAGUUUCUGGCAGUAAAUACGACAUAUGGAGGAAAGCUGAACUUGAAUCAUGGGAUGAUGAGUUACAAGUUGGCGGAAUUGUUUUCAGAGAUGAUGGAAGCUCCGCAAAGCUAGGAUCUGAUGCUAUGGCAUUGUCAGAAUACGCUCAGAUGACUGAUGAUGACGGGGAAGAGGAGGAGGAGAAGGAAGAAGGUAGUGGUGCUUCAGAUUCUGGCGAAUCUAUUUCAAGUGAUUAUGAUGAAGAGUCUCCACAAGGCAUAGGCUUUCUAGAAAGCACAAAUCAACCAAGAGGCGUCCAAACUGAUACCGCCUUAUUUGCUAAGUGGGAGAACCACACCAGAGGAAUAGCUUCGAAGAUGAUGGCAAGUAUGGGUUACCGUGAAGGGAUGGGUCUUGGUGCCUCUGGUCAAGGGAUAUUAAAUCCUGUCUUAGUAAAAGUACUUCCAGCAAAGCGGUCGCUGGAUUGUGCUCUUGAGCAUGUCAAAAACGGAGAAGGUAAAAGCGAGAAACAGAAGAAGAAAAGGAGCAGAGGUGGGAAAAGGAAGCGUGAGAAGAAGUUUGCAGAAGCAGCUAGAGCAGCGAAACAAAAAGAGGAAUCGAAGCCAGAUUUGUUUAGCUUAAUCAACGAACAAAUUUUGCCUAGAAGCCAUGAGAAAGUAAGCAGCAUAGAGUCCGUAAAA